AUGAAAAAUAUUUUCUUACUUCUUUUAAUUCUUUACAAAACUUUGGCAAAAGAAAUUGAUCUGAAUGAGAUUUGUCGAGGAAUUUUCUUUGAAGCAGUGUCGAAUCCAAACAAUUCUAAUCAAUUCUUCACUUGUGUUCAGGGAAAGGGAACAAUUGUUGAUUGUUCACAAGAAGAUGAAAUAUUCGACCCAUUGCUAGUUGCUUGUGUGCCUCCACCACCAACACCUGAAGUUCUCUGUUAUGAAAAAGGUUUUGGAUGGUUUCCACAUAACGAUGAUUGCACGCUUUACAUAGUUUGUGAGUUUUCGAGGCCAAUAAUUCGAAGAUGUCCCGUAAAUACGCUUUUCAAUCCGUCUUUGCCUGGAUGUGCUUCUGGGAAUGUUGAAACAUGCACACUCGACGAUAUUCCUAUAGUCACUACGACGAUAAGAACAACAACAAUAAGCUCAAAUGAUAUAAAUGUAAGCUUCGUUUGCCCCAGCAGUGGAUCAGGCAAUAUUCCUUAUAAAAACGACUGCUCACGAUACUACGAAUGUGUCUUAGGAAUUCGAAACCCACGAACUUGUUCUGAUGGUGAAAUAUUUGACGUCGUUACAGGAAGAUGUGAUGAUCCCGACAUAUCUUUAUGUGCUGAAAAUAUUCGAUGCACUUGA